AUGGCUGUCUGUGUGUGACGUGAAUUGACACAUAGCACCUAUGUGCAACGUACCACCUGCACAGCCCAUUCAACCCCCACCUGCCAGCAGCGUAGAUGGGACUGUCAGAGAUAUAAAGAUAGCGAAACUACUGUGCUAAGAGUUUUCUAUCUCCGCAUAUCUCCCCCUUCUAUUCAUUUCAGCUCUAACAGCCUAGCUACUGCUAUCAUCAAGUUUUUGGAAAUAACUGUAACGAACACACACUGAACAAUAUGUCUGCCGAGCGUUUUGGCGAAUUCAACGGGAUCAAUGGUCAGACUGCUAGUGAAGCUGCACAGGCCAGGACCGAUGCAAGAGAGGCCGAAAUUCGCAGGCCGGCUAUGAAGAUCGACGUUAUAAGUGAUGAAGAAUGGGACAGACGUGUCAACGCGGCGGAAAAGAGGAGGAAGGAUAGGGAGAGAGCAGAAGAAGACGAGAAAGCUCGAAAGAGAGCGUAUGAAGAUCGGAUGAAGUUAAUUGAGGAGCAGGUCAAAGCAUUCGAAAGUCGGCUGAAUCGAGAUAUCGAUCGAGACAGGAGACACCGGCAGUGGUACGAGGACUUCUUUAAUCGAUACCACGAGCCAGACAAUGAGGGCGAAUUCUCCGCCGAGACAUGGAAAAAAACAUACCAGAGAGUGGCAUGCUUUCUAGCAAAGCUCGAUGGCGCUUAUAAUUGGAGCGAGAGUGACGACAAAAGCGACCUAUAUAUGAGACUAGGCACUCCGGAGAACCGUACAUCAAGGCAGGAAAUCGGGCAUAUUCACAAUUUGGCAACCAAAAAGCAUAAUGGGAAGAAGUUACCAUUUUCCCAAAUUUUGGUAAAUGCCUUGGAAGACAGAGUAAAACACAUCGCGCCGUUCAUCCCUCUGAGUAAAAAAAUCACUCAUCCGGCUGACGAGGAUAUCAAUCACGCUCUUGGUGCAGUCAUCCACCUAGUGGAUGAUAAUAAUCCUAAGGAUCUCGCGGCGUGGAAAGCGUUGAUGAUAAGUGGCCUUGACUGCAAAAAGCACCCAAAACCACCGAACAUGCACUGGAAAUUGGAAGAGACCCUCAACCAGAAGAUUGAUUCUAUGGAUGAGGCCAAGCUACUUAAGAAGAUGAUCAGUGAUCCUGAAUUUCUUCCAGACUACGCUUCACUUUGUGCUAGAACAGAGUUGCUCAACGCCAUCAUUGGCUCAGAAUCAAUAAGGAUAUUGUUGGAGGAUGAGGCUGAUCUCGAAUAAAUCAACCAAGUGUGUCUCGGGUCAAUUCUCCAAGUGCAAUAUCAAAUAAAUUGUGGUUUGUGAUGUGCUGAGUUGUCAAUAGCACCUAAGUCUCCAGAAGUUA